AUGUCGCAACUGAGGCAGUCUGACCUGCAGCUACCUUUUCUCGUCCCUCAUGUAACCGAAGCGGACCUGUACUCAUUCCAAAACACACAUUUUGGCGAAGCUUCGACUAUUGCCUUUACCACAGACUUUCUCAACCCAGACAAGGCGAAACAGGACCCCGAGAUCCAGCAUUAUGAGGGCGACAAUGAAUCGUACUUCGAAGACGACGAGGACGAGGACGGGCUAGGGUAUUAUCCAGACGGCGUGAAACGCACCCUGACCGACGAGCAAAUUGCCAUGUUUCGACACUCCGAGACGCAGGCCCUGCAGAAAGCGCAAGAGAGAGCUUCAACCAGACGCAACUCAUCGUCAACACCACCAACGCAUGUUCCCGUGGAAGCCCUUGAAGAUGACAGGAGCGAAGACGGCGAGCUGCUAGAUGACGUAUCGAAUGCGGGCGUCGUCGCCACGAAGAAGAAGAAGAACAAGAAGAAGAAAAAGAGGGGCAGUGGUAAUGGCAAGCGUCAUUACUCGCCAGACCCUGAACGCCGCAAGAGGACGUGGGAUGUCGUCGAGACCGGACUGGACGGCCUGGAUUACGGGGAAUCUGGUCAGUCACAGACUCAGACAAGUCCGGCGAGACAACGGCGAAGAAUCACGUAUGAUGACGGGUGA